AAAGUCAUCAUGAAUCGUUGCCAUCAUCAUCAUCUUUUUUCUAUACGAAAAAUUCAUUAUUUUUUCAUCUAAUAAUAUUCAUACUAAGUAUUUGUAUUGGAUUUUUUGGCUUCUCAUUUUUUAUCAUCAAUCCAAAUACUAGACAAUCAACGUUUAUACCAUUCGAUUCGAAUCAGACAUUUCCAGUCUAUGAUAUAUUUCCAUCUUCGUAUUCGAACAAUCCAUAUUGGAGUAGUCUGAUUCCAGGUCAUUAUUUUGCCUUACGAUCUUCAAGACCCAAUUCAACAUUGGUUAGUUUAAUGUGGUUUCGACAGAAACUCAGCCAAAAUGAUGGUGGUCUACCCAUACGACAUCUUUGUCGACAAGAUGAUAAACUAAAUACAUAUUAUUGGAAUUAUAAUGAUUUACAUAGUUUUGGUCAUCAAACUUUAAUCGAUAACAAUCUACAUAUAAAUACUAGUUUUAUUCGAUUGAAUGAUGCUAUUGUUUCACGAAUAACAAUCAUCGAUGCAUUUCGAACCAAAGAAUUGAAUUCAAUUAUUCUAUAUGUGGCUGCCGAAAACAGCAACGACGACAAUCUAACUUUGUUUCAAGAUGAUCAUAAUCGUAUAUGGAUUAAAGUUCAGAGCAUUCAAUCGGAAAAUUAUCAUCUAAAUUUUCGUAUAAAUAAAGGUGAUCAAAUUCUACAAAGUUUUCUAACAACAAAUUCUUCAUUAGAUCGUUUGGAACAAACAGUAAAAUCACAUUUAUUUUUCUACAAACAUGAUGGCCAUACACUAUUUGUUAUAUCAAAUUCUGAACAGGAAAAUACUAUGUAUCGAUCCAAUUUCAUAGCAUAUCAAGUAAUUUUCAAUCAAUCAAUCGAAAUUGACAUAUCAAUGUUUUUCAAUGAUACAACUGAAAGCCUGAUGUCCAUCGAUGAUUUUGAUUAUGAUAAUGAAAUGAAUAAACAUCAACAAAAGUUCCAAGUUGAUUUUAAUCAAAAAUUUCAUUUUGGUCAUCAAAUUUCAGCGGAAAAAAUUCACUUUGCUCGUACAAUAUUGAGUAAUGCAAUCGGCAGUAUUGGCUAUUAUUAUGGAUAUUCAUUGGUCGAUUCGGAACAAUUUCCAAUAGCUCAACCAUAUGGACCGAUUCAAUUGUUGGCUGUUGCACCAUCUAGAUCGGUAUUUCCACGUGGAUUUCUGUGGGAUGAAGGAUUUCAACAAUUAUUGAUUAGCCGUUGGGAUCCAAAACUUUCAAUGGCCAUCAUAAAAAGCUGGUUUUCAUUGAUGAAUGAAAAUGGAUGGAUACCACGUGAAGUGAUACUUGGUGAUGAGGCCAUAUCACGUGUGCCAAAUGAAUAUCUUGUUCAACAUUCUUCCAAUGCAAAUCCACCAUCAUUACUUCUUUCCAUUGAAUCAUUAAUCGAUAGACAACAAUUUGAUCGUGAAUGGCUUAAAGAAAUUUAUCCACGAUUAUUUCGUUGGUAUCAAUGGUUCAAUACCACACAGACUGGUUCUCAAAAAUUUCCAUUUACAUUCCGAUGGCGUGGUCGUAAUUCGACAACAAAAUUGGAACUUAAUCCAAAAACAUUGGCUUCCGGUCUAGAUGAUUAUCCACGUGCUACACAUCCUAAUGAUGAUGAAAUUCAUAUUGAUCUUCGUUGUUGGAUGGCAUUAGCAUCGCGAUUAAUGUCGAAAAUUAGUAAAGUUCUUGAAAUCGAUGAUAAAUUUGAAGAAUAUUAUCGAAUUCUUAGUGAUAAUAAUUUACUUGAACAAUUACAUUGGUCGGAUAAAUAUCAAAUGUUUUGUGAUAAAGGAUUACAUUCGACAAAUAUUAGUCUUAAAAAAAUUCAUAGUGGUAAUAAUGAUGAUGAUCGUUCUUCGUGGGUCUUCGAACGACAAGUACUUACACCACCUCAUUAUGAAUGUGUUGAUGAAUUUGGUUACAUAAGUCUUUUUCCAUUCAUUAUGACAUUGCUUCGUCCAGAUAAUUCAAAAUUGGAAACAAUUCUAACAAAUAUAGAGAAUCCAGAAAUUCUUUGGACACCAUAUGGACUUCGUUCAUUAUCACAAAAAAGUUCAUAUUAUAAAAAAUAUAACACUGAACAUGAUCCACCAUAUUGGCGUGGAUCAAUAUGGAUCAAUAUGAAUUAUCUAGUGUUGAAAGCAUUGAAUCAUUAUUCAAAAAUAUCUGGACCAUAUCAAACACAAGCAAGACAAAUACAUUCACGUUUGAAAGCUAAUCUAGUCCAAGCUAUUCAUACGGAAUUUAUUCGUACCGGUUAUGUUUGGGAACAAUAUCAAGAUGAUAAUGGCCAUGGACGUGGUGCACAUCCAUUCACCGGUUGGACAUCAUUAAUUGUAUUGAUUAUGGCCGAUGAUUGAUGAUCUCAAAUUUCCCGCCCUCUUUUAAAAUUUUUCCUCUGUCAACAAAAAAAUGUCUUCUGCAAUUCUGUUUUGUAUAUUAAAAUUGAAAAAAAAAUUUUAUUAAUAAAAUAAAAAAUCAUUGAUUUUUGAUCGUUUCAA